AUGGUAGGUGGGGUUUCCACUUAUGAUGCAAAUCCAUAUGCUCCGAAAUUUUUUAGAUAUAACAUUGCUGAUCAAAAAUGGGAAAAUAAAACAAAUCCGACUAAUAUAUAUAAAUUCAGAAAUUACGCCCAAGCAAGGGUUAGCAAUAACAUCUUAUAUCUAUUUCCAGGAGAAAAUUCAGACCGGUCAGGAAAUGAAGUAAGCAUAUGAGCUGUAUCGCUUCUAGACCCGGAUUUUGCAUGGUAUGAAGUUCAAGUAGCAAACGAUGUAAAUGGCAUUUUAUCACGAAAUUCCUAUGGUAUUACCAGAGUAGGAACUGAACUUUACAUGUUCGGAGGAGAUAUGAAUGGAGAAGUUAGAAAUGAUUUUGUGAAAUUUAAUUUAUCAUCAAAUCCAUUGAGUUUCAUGUAUUUUCCUACUUUUCUUUCGCCAUCUCAAAGACAAUAUCAUUCCUUCACGUUAGUAGGCGGAUAUUUAUACUUGUUUGGAGGGGAUCGUGAAGGAACAAAAUUAAAUGACUUAUGAAGAUGGGAUAUUGUAGAAAAGCAAUGACAAGAAGUUACUCCUGGUGGAACAAUACCUGACCCUAGGUCUCAUCAUGCAUGUUCCUCAUAUGGAGAUGUGAUGGCAGUUUUUGGAGGAGUUGGCGAGUUUGGAUACUUGAAUGACGUUUUCCUGUAUAAUUCUUUGACAAAUGUAUGAUAUCAAAUCGAGUCAGCUUCUCAAAUAAUUCCAAGUAUCAGAUCUGGAGCAUGCUUGGAUAUAAAAGACUCUGAGAUUGCAAUAUAUGGAGGAAAAACGCGAUCUGGGCUUUCAGAUGAAUUAUGGAUUUUGGAUUUAGGUUCCCGGCUUUUCACCCUACUCCCCUUUCCUUAAUUAAGUAAUUAUAUUUCAAAACUGGAAAAUAUUUAUUUUCAUCCUUGAUAGAUCGACGUCUGAUCAUUUUUGAUUAAGGUUAGGUAAGUUAGUAGACAGUGAUAACUCAAAUGGUCCAGGUCCUCUUUAUCUGUCUUCAUGCAGAUUUUCAUCUGAUCAUCCUCAUAUAUUUUACGUAACCAACGGAAUAACUACAACUGAAGCUCCAUCAAAUGGAUUUUACAGUUUUAACCUCACCAAAUCUAAAUGAACAAAAAUAUAUCAAGGCCCUACUAAUUCAUUAUAUGAUAGAGCUGAUAUCAAGGCUUUUAAAAUUAGAAAUAGGUAUCUCUACAUUGGUGGAGAUAUUUACAAUACUCCAAGUUAUUCUCUAACUUAUUUUAAUACAAGUUCAAAAGAAUUCGUAAAUUUCGCAGAACUUCCUGAAUAUAUCUACGCGGCUGGUCAAACUUAUUUUGGGAGUUCAUACUAUACUCACGGAGGAGGGAAAACAAUAGGAAAUAAUUUGAGGCGAACUAUUCCUACUGGAGUUUCAUUACAAAUAAAUCUACUUUCAACUUGCGAGGAUUCUUCCAAUUGUGGGUGGAAAUGCAGCCCUGGCUCGUAUUUAUCAGAAAACUCAUGUGUUUCUUGUCCAGCUGGGACCUAUCAGCCUUAUUUUGAAACUACAGAAUGUAAUAAAUGCCCACCUGGAACUUAUUAUUCAGGUACAGCUGCUGUAACAAUAAUUCAAUGCUACCCGUGCAGUGAAGGAACCUAUAAUUCAGACUUUGGAAUGGGAUAUUGCAUAAACUGUCCGGCGAACACUUAUUGACCUGCAGGAAGUACGGGCUAUGCUUAUAUAGUUCCUAACUUUCCGAUGAAGAAGUAUAGUUAACAAAUCUAAUUUUUAACGGCAAAAAAGUUUUUCUAUAAAAAUUUUUAUUCUACUCAACAAAUUUUUGAUAAUUGCAUUCCAAAACUAAUUUAUAACUAAAUUAGUCAAGUUUUUUUCACCUUGAAGUUUUUUAAGAUAUAGAUUUUUUGAAGGUUGAUAAAUAGUAUUAAAUUUUCUAUCAUGCGGUGGGUUACGUUUUCUGACUCCUCAAUUCAGCCAAAUUUAUUUAAAGAAGGGGAUUCAACAGCAAACAAUCAUUCUUCAUAUGUAUCCAUAGCAAUAGGAAUUUUUGGAAUUCUUAUUAUUAUUAUCCUCAUAAUUAUCGCUCGAAAUAAAGAUAUUUUACUCUCCUGAUUCCUGUUUGAAAAAAACCUUUGCAAAUAAUCAUAAAAGACACCCUUCCUAUUACUGCCUUAAAUCUAACUACUCAUUUUUAAUAGUAAUAAAUAUUAAAGAUGUUAAUGAAUAAUAAUUAGGGUUUUAACGAUAAAAUAGGAUUUAUAGUAUAUUUUUAAAAUAUAUUAGAUACUUCAUCACUUAUGUUAGCACUUAAAGUAUUUUUACAAGGAAAAUUCUUACUCCCCCCUUCGUGAGAAGAAAUAUUUUUUAAUAUAAAAAAUUUUUAAAGAAAAAUUAUUUUGAAUAUAAGCAAUCUCGAGCCUAAUUCUGUUUAAUUUUAAACAACUUGAUUUUAGAAAUAAAUUUUUCAAAUGAAAUUAAUAUUUGCUGUAAAAUUAUUUCGAAUAGGGAUUUUUUAAAUUAGAAAAAAAAUAAUCCCCUCUAUAAGUGAGCAAAAGUUUUUGUUUGCUGAUGGUGGGGAGUUAAUAUAAAAUUUUUAUUUAUAUAAAAUGUAUAUAUAGCUUAUACCCAUAAUAGAUUGCUAUAACUAGGCAAUAUAAAUGUCAGAAAAUAGAGUCAUGGAUACUUGCUUUAUAAAGUCUGAGUAUUUAUCCGAUAUCUUGUAAUCAUAAAUAGUUAUUACUAUAUUGAUUUUAUUCUUUAAAAAGAUAAGAAUUACAUUAUAUUAAAAUUAAUAUGGAUUGCCCAUAAUGAUCUAUUAAAAUACACAAAAGAUAUUAAAUUUCCCCAAAAAAGCUUUUUAACUCUGUCCUUAAUUGAACAAUAUGGAUCAGUUCAGUCAAGGAUCAAAAGAAUUAGUAAAAAUUGAUCUCUAUUCUGCAAAGCACAAUUAUUUAUUGAACGUGCCAAUGGUCCUAACAAAAACAAAAGUGGGAGGAUUCUUCUCAAUUAUUUUUAUGAUUUUAGCAAUAAUUGUAAUUGCUUCCACUUUGAUUAAUUUCGUUGAAAAUAACACUACCGAAACAAAAACAUUGGUGCCGCUAGUAGUCAUGGACGAAAAAGUCUCGGUUUACAAAACAGAUCUAAACGUCACAUUAACAAUCAUAAAUUAUGGAGGGCCUUGCACUGACGAAGAGAAGUGUGCCGACACGAUAGGCUUUACAUAUGAAUAUUUUUCAGGAAUAUGGGACGAUCCAAAAUGCAAAAGCAACGGUAGAGACUGCGAAGUCUUUCUUUCAUGCAUUGACUGUGUUAUAGACCCAGGUGCUUAUUUACUUUAUGAGUUCACAAAUAGGUCAAGUUUUGCCUCAGGCUUUACUACUAAUGUGACUUCAAACAGCUCAGUUCCCGACUCUGCCAGCAGCUAUAAAACAAGUCUGCUCCCUACAAGUCAAAAAGUAUUCAGAGGUGAGCAAUAUUCUUCGAUGUUCUUUGAUCUAACUCCUUCAGUAAUUUUUAUUUAGUAUUACCAAAAUAUGGAUUCAGGGCUCGAUCUCACUGGAUACCACAUUUCGAAAUCUAAAGACUCUGAAAAAGGCACUGAAUAUUUAACCAGCGAGUAAGAUUAAUUUAGGCUUGCGAUGUCUUAUAACUUAUAUUUGAAAAUUUUAUUUAACAGAAAUUCCAAUUGCUUGAUUACUACAAGAAGUAGUAAGCAAACCGUUUUGAUUUUAAUAAGUGGACUUCUUGGAUCUAUUUUUGGGGUUAUGGGGGCAAUUGGAGGAGCAAUGUCUUUUACAGAAGGGCAAUUAAAUAAGAUGAAGGAGCGUAAAGAUGGAAUUAGAUUUAGAGGAAAUAUUGCUUAUGGGUCUGAUAUGAUAAAGAGUAGUAUCAACGCAAGCACUCCUUUAAGAAAGACAUUAGAAGAUGACCCUGCUUACAAUAAAGGCAUUAAUGAUGAUGAUUUAUGUGAAUUGGAUUUAUGUAAUUUCAAAAGGCAAUCACUUACUGAUGGAAAAGUUUUACAUCAAUAG